AUGGCUCCUAAAUCGGAUAACACAGACGCUAUCGUGCUCAACUUUGUGAACGAGCAAAACCGACCUCUAAACACCCAAAAUGCAGCUGAUGCUCUGCAAAAGUUUAACCUUAAGAAGACUGCAGUACAAAAGGCACUCGAUAGCCUUGCGGAUGCUGGGAAAAUCACGUUCAAGGAGUAUGGUAAGCAGAAGAUAUACAUCGCUAGGCAAGACCAGUUCGAGAUUCCAAACAGUGAGGAACUUGCUCAGAUGAAAGAAGAGAAUACAAAGCUUCAAGAACAACUCCAGGAGAAGAAGAAAACAAUCAGUGAAGUUGAGUCAGAAAUCAAGAGCUUGCAGUCAAACUUGACACUAGAAGAGAUACAAGAGAAAGAUGCCAAACUAAGGAAAGAGGUUGAGGAAAUGGAAGAGAAACUGACCAAACUACGAGGAGGAAUUACAUUGGUGAGGCCGGAAGACAAAAAGGCUGUUGAAGAUAUGUACUCUGAUAAAAUCACUCAGUGGAGGAAGCGUAAGAGGAUGUUCAGAGACAUUUGGGAUACUGUUACAGAGAAUUCUCCCAAAGAUAUGAAGGAAUUUAAGGAGGAGCUUGGAGUUGAAUAUGAUGAAGACGUCGGCGUAAAUCUGCAGGCAUAUUCUGACCUGAUUCCACAUGGUAAAAAGAGGGGCAGAGGGCAGUAA